AUGACUCGCAAACAUUUCCUAGCGGAUGUGAUAGCGGCAUCCGAAAAAGGAAUCUCUAAUGUUGUUUCCAUCGGUCGAGAAGAUGACGAUGGCGAUAAGGCACUUUCGACAGGUUCGCGAGAUUCUCCUAUCAUACUUGACGAUAACGAUGAGGAUGAGGAUGAUGUGAUGGUAGAUGUGGAGGAAGGAAGUGGAGAUGACUCUGGGUUUUCCGACGAGGAGGAAGAGGACUUCCUAGACGAGCCCAUAACUUUCUUGACUGGACAGACUGGGCCAACAUCGACUAUUGGGCUCUCACCAGAAGCCGCUGCUGAGCUGAAUCGACGGAUUCGGGCAGACGUGCGUACUGCCAGAAUGCUCGGUUAUCGGAUUGGAGUAUUAAGUGGCAUGAAAGCUGAAUCUCAGAGUAGCAUUCUCAGCAUAUCCAUUCAAGCUACUAAGCUGAACCUUUCAGAAGAGGCUAUGCAAGCCUGGGACAUUGAGCCGGACCAAUAUUUGACCUUACUUAUACGCUACUCAGACGGAUACAAAACUUUUGAGAAAUUGGUAGCCGAGCCAGCGAAAAAUAGUGGAAUUGAUUUCCGUGUCGGUGUCAGCAAUGGUUAUAAGCCAUCCGCAGCUGCAGCGUUCUCGGCCUUUUCAGACUCGAAUAAAUCUGGUGUUAAAGCAUCCAAUGACUAUAGUUCAGCGUCUGAAGCAAAUAUAAAGGACGAGAUUAGAGGGUUUUUCAAUAUCUUUAUCAGCAGCUCCUUGAAUGAAUUUUUCAACACGAAGAUGAUAUCAAUUUUGAAGCUCCGCAACGCAACUGGUCUUGGAUGGGAAGAUGCAAAACAGUAUCUUGAUGAGCGACAGGGACGAUCACUUGAGGAAAAUACAAAGCUGCUUUCUGAGAAGUUUUACCCGCACGCAGAUACACUUAGAGGCCAUGCUUCACGAAUCCUAACCGAUGACCACCUCACAGAUAACAACGGUGGCAGCCUAUCAUUUCCGCUCCUUGCUGCACAAUUUGCGUUGAUGUAUCUGGUCCGCUGCACCGAAUUUUGUCUCGUUUGCCACGAUAAGAUUACGGCGGAAUUCGAGGCGCUGAAACCUUACGUCUGUGAUAAGCCCUUAUGUCUGUAUCAAUAUAUGGCCUUAGGUUUUGGACCCAGUGUCGAACAUGAAAUACGGAGUCAGCCGUACGUUGUCGAUCUUCUCCUGAACUUUUGUUACACUAGUGCUUGUGGCGGUCGAAUUCGUGAAUACCCCACAGGUAUGAGUCUAUCUGUCCCUUUUGCCAUCGCUCAAGCUGGAAAUACCGUACCUUCUGGCGUCUCGCCAGCCAUGAUGAAUGCUUCCGCUCCCCAGGCAAACCCACAUACUCGCGAUAAAGAGUUUGAUGUCGAAUACAAUGCCGAGGCGUGUGAAAUUAGAUUCGAGGAUAAUUUCGAGAACAAAGGCAUUCCGAUCCGCAGAGGAGAUUGGGUCCGCAUUCUGGUUGGGCCCGCACCUGGAGAGUUCAUGAGCCAAGCUAUCCACUUUAGAGUGGAAGAUAUAACAUCGUUUCCAAUAGCAAAGCUCUCACCACCAAUUGCACAGAAUCCACAAGUAAGUACAAAUCAAGUACCAUCAGCUGGUCACACGCCAGCUGUCGAUCCCCCCAACAUUGCUGCAGCUCGGCUAGCUGUUUACAACUGUAACUUUGACGAGAUGUCUGUCGUAGAAAAAUGCAGCACCAUAGCAAUGCUUCUUGAAACAUUACCAACCAUCAAGGAGUUAAAGGAGUAUAUCGACCGGCAAAGCCAGACGGAAGAACCGAACCUUCGCAAAUGGACAGAGCGUAUAUCUCCAGCUGCAUUGGGAUUACUUAGAUGGGUUAUAGCUUCUAAUCGCUCGUGCCUUGUUCAAGUUGAUAGAUGCCCUGGCCAGGUUGAGAGCGUUUUUGCUGACGCAAAAAUCAGACCGGACCAAAAAGUCUCCCAGAUUGGGGAAAAUUGGGUUCAAUUUCGAUUUGCACAAGGAUCACCAGACAAGGAGCUACGUUUUUUGAAUGCGCUUAAAGCACAACAAGCACAUUUGAAUCCGAAGUAUCCUACUAUGUUUGCUUUUCAUGGUAGUGCGCUACAAAACUGGCAUAGUAUCAUUCGGCAUGGGCUGGAUUUCAAAGAAACCUUGAACGGACGAGCAUUUGGACAUGGUGUUUAUCAUGCACAAGAUCAAACUACAUCAUGCACCUAUACUGGGCGAAACAAUUCAGGUUGCUGGCCUGGAUCACAGCUCAAUGUCACAGCAGUGAUGAGCAUCAACGAAAUCAUCAAUUGCCCUCAGCAGUUUGUUAGCUCAAAUCCACAUAUCGUAGUGCAGCACAUCGACUGGAUUCAAUGCCGGUACUUGCUUGUUCAGAUUGACCCUGUACCAAAUGCACCCGAUGAGCCUUCUUCGAAUUAUAGUCAUCUCGCAGCUGCCACCCAAAUAAAGCAGGACCCUAAAUAUACAGCAAGAUCUACGAAUGCUAUGCCCAUAGGCGUCCCUCACUGUGCUGCUUCAAUAUCUAGAGCAUUUUGCACCGAUAGCGUUGAUAGCACUUCCCAAUCUAAGAAACACAAAGGUCUAUCUUCUUCUGUGGAUGGGCCAACAAUUUUUAGCGACGAAGAAGACAUUGAGGACACCAACUUCCUGCUCUUCGAAGAUGAGGGGAAUAGCGAAGUAUUGUAA